AUGGAGGGUCCUCUAAGCAAAUGGACCAAUGUUGUUCAAGGUUGGCAGUUUCGGUGGUUCGUCCUGGAUUUAGCCAUGGGAGUCCUCUCCUACUACACAUCGCGGGAUAAGAUGAUCCGGGGGGAAAGACGUGGUUGCGUCAAAUUAAAGAAUGCUCAAAUGGGCAUUAACGAUGACGAUGAUAGUACAUUUACAAUCACCGUUGAUUCCAAAGUUUUUCAUUUCCAAGCUCGUAACGCUGAAGAACGGCAACGGUGGUUGGACGCCCUUCAGGAGGCGCGCGACCUUCACACUGAAAACUAUGCACUCCUCCAACACGUAAGUUCCGUGCCCUUAGUUUGA